GUGCUUUGAAAAUGUUUGAGAUUCCAGCUGGCGCCAGGCAUGUUCAGAUUGAGGAGAUGGAGUCUGCUGCCCAUACACUUGCUGUUAAGAACCAAGCUUCUGGCAACUUCAUUCUUAACUCCAAGGGCAAAGAUGUAAAGAGCAACACCUUCCUCGAAAUGGGCUUGGAAUGGGAUUACACCGUUGAAAAUGGCAAGGAAAGCUUGAAAACCAGUGGACCCCUACAUGAAACCAUCAGCGUCCUGGUUAUUCCACAAGAUGAUGAUUCGAAGAGCAGCUUGAUGUAUAAGUACAUCAUCCACGAAGAUCUCCUUCCUGUCAUUGGAAACAACAACGUCCUGCUUGAAGAAAUGGACACUUAUGAGUGGGCCCUUAAGAGCUGGUCACAGUGCUCCAAAGCUUGUGGAGGAGGUAUAUUCUUAUUCCUAUUUCACAAAAUAUUCACAUUUCUGGAAGCAUUCUCAGCAGGUGGAGUGAGCUGA